CUUGUAUUGUAGCUUUCGGGUCACAUAGCAAUCAGUGAGAAAUCGUUCGCCGCACGAUUAACUACAGUGAUAACUCUAUAGCCACAAUGUCAACUAAACCAGUGCUUUACUAUACGCCACGCAGUCCACCAUGCCGUGCGGUACUUCUGACAGCGGCAGCAGUUGGCUUAGAACUUGAUUUACGCCCAAUGAAUUUGAAAGCUGGCGAUCAUUUGACACCAGAAUUCCUCAAGCUCAACCCACAGCACACAAUACCAGUUUUGGAUGACAACGGCAUUGUCAUUUCGGAUUCACACGUCAUUUGCUCUUAUUUAGCUGAUAAAUACGGACCAAAUGAAACUCUUUACCCAAAAGAGAAAGUCAAACGCAUGGAAGUAGAUGCUCGUCUCUAUUUUGACUGCGGUCAUUUGUUUCCACGCGUACGCUUCAUGGUUGAACCGGUUAUCUACUUUGGUUGCGAUAAUAUUUCUGAAGACAAAAUUGUUUACAUGCAAAAAGCUUAUGAUGGCUUGGAGAAAUGUUUGGCUAAUUCGCCGUAUUUGUGUGGCGAGCAUUUAACCAUCGCCGAUUUGUGUUGUGUUGCUUCAGUGUCGACAGCAAUGAUUUUUGCGGCGAUUGAUGCAGAGAAAUUCCCAAAAUUAAGUGCUUGGGUUGAACGUAUGGCAACGUUGCCGUAUUAUCAAAAAAAUAAUCAGGAUGGUGCUGAUAUAUUAGGCAAAUUUGUCAAAGAGAAAUUAAUUGAAAACAAAGCAGCUAAAGCAGAGUAAAUUUAAUGGCUUUUAAAACUACAGUGCCCGCUCGAAAACGUAAACUAAUUAAAACCAAGGGAGUUCACGUCAUCAAAUUGUUCAGGUCUUUGAGUGUCAAAUAAGAGUAAAGGAAAUACAUAUAUACACAUUUAAAUUCA